ACUUCUCUUUGUUUUCUCAUCAUCCACAAUAGUAGUACUAUCCUAUUUUUCACUAUGCCAUCACUAGUUUUCUUCUGUGUUUUCAUCUCCUUGAUCUUGUAUCUGUUUAUAGCACUAUACAAAUGGAACAGUAGGAAUAGUAGUAACCGAGCAAGAACCAAGUACAAGAGCUUACCACCAGGUUCAAUGGGUUGGCCAUACGUAGGCGAAACGUUCAAACUCUAUACUCAAAAUCCUAAUACUUUUUUCUCCAUGAGACAAAAAGGGUAUGGAGAUAUAUUUAAGACUCAUAUUUUGGGAUGUCCUUGUGUGAUGAUUUCAAACCCUGAAGCAGCAAAAGUUGUGUUAGUGAGUAGUGCUCAUUUGUUCAAACCAACAUAUCCACCAAGUAAAGAGAAAAUGAUUGGACCUGAAGCUCUAUUCUUUCACCAAGGAGAUUAUCAUUCAAGACUAAAGAAGUUGGUUCAAGCUUCAUUUCUUCCUUCAACUCUAAGACAAUCGGUAUCUGACAUCGAAAAGCUUGUACUUGUCAAGUAUCUUCCUUCUUGGGAGAGCACCACCAUUAACACUCUCCAAGAGAUGAAAAGGUACGCGUUUGAUGUGGCAAUACAUUCGGUGUUUGGCCGACAUUCAGAUUCCGAGACCGAAGGCAUCAAACAGCUGUAUCAUUGCUUGGAGAAAGGUUACAAUUCUAUGCCUUUCAACCUCCCAGGGACACCGUUUCGGAAAGCAAUGAAGGCAAGAAAACUACUAAAUGAGACCCUGAGGAGAGUGAUUGAGAAAAGAAGGGAGAGUAACAAGGAAAGUGAAGGAUUGCUGGGAGUAUUACUGAAAGGAGAGUACUCAACAAAAGAUCAUCAGACCAAGACAACAACGUUGCAUCGUCUUAGUGAUUCUCAGGUCGCCGACAACAUCAUAGGAGUCAUAUUCGCUGCGCACGAUACUACAGCUAGCGUUCUUACUUGGAUUCUAAAAUAUCUUCAUGACCAUGGUGAACUCUUAGAUGCUGUCGUGAGGGAACAAGAGAGUAUUCAACAGACAAUAAUGGAGGAAAACCGCGACGGGCUGACUUGGGAUGACACCAAAAAGAUGCGGUUGACAAGCAGGGUGAUCCAGGAGACACUAAGAACAGCAAGUAUAUUGUCUUUCACAUUUAGAGAAGCUGUGGAAGAUGUAGAGCUACAAGGCUAUUUAAUACCCAAAGGAUGGAAAGUUCUUCCACUCUUUAGAAGCAUCCAUCAUUGUGCUGAAUUCUUCCCUCAACCUGAAAAAUUUGACCCAUCCAGAUUCGAGGUUCCACUAAGACCAAACACGUACAUGCCAUUUGGGAAUGGAGUCCACUCGUGUCCAGGCAGUGAGUUGGCUAAGCUUGAGAUGCUUGUCCUUCUUCACCACCUCACAACUUCUUACAGGUGGGAAGCAAUUGGGGAGGAAGAUGGAAUCCAAUAUGGUCCGUUUCCGGUACCGAAACGAGGAUACCCUGUUAGAAUUACUAAGCGAUCUGCCUAGUUCUCCUCAUUAAAAUUAUUGAUAAGUUGGAAUAAUUUUGGAUUUGAGUUUGUUUGUUAAUCAAACAAAUAAUAAGAAUUGAUUGUUGGUGGGGACUGAGAAUUGUAAAUAGAACCCCACACCCCCAUGAUUUCUGUAUUUCCUGUCAGUUACUUGUAAGGUAUUAUUUAUUCUGUAUAAACUCAUCAUGUGAUGAGGAGGUAUUCUUGUAUGUACAAACAAAAGAAAGAAAAAUUGGUAGGAAAAAAAAACAAAGAAAUAAAAAUUACACUAUGGAAUUUA